AUGCCAUCACGGCGACCACGAACCAACAAGCGAACGUUGGCAGCACUGGCUGUCGUCGGCAUCUUUUUCCUCCUAUUUCUAAAUGCUCGCGUGGGCAAUUCUGAUUCUUCUUCUUCUUCUUCUUCUUCCUCCUCCUCCCCUUCAUCAGUCCACGAUCCAUCCAAUAAAGAACCUUCAUUCAAAAACGACAAGCAACAGGAUGAACUGUUUCCAGCACCCAAUGUCGAACAACCGGAUGUAGACGUACAGCAACCUCCAUCGGACAUUGAAGAUCCCGAUCUUUUCCCUGCCCUGGAAGUUGAAGACGAUUCUGCCAGCAGCGAAGCCGAAAAUAUUUUACCUGACCAAGAAUUAUUUCCAACCACACCCAAGCAAGAUCAAGGAUUAGAGGACGAAGUAAAAGCAGGCGACAACGCCGUAUCACCCCACUCCGAUCAUCAUAGCACGCUCCCACAUCUACUGGCCGAGGAUAACCAGGACGAUAUCAUUUUGAACGAGUCGAACCAUUAUACCUAUCUCGUCGUGAUCGCUUCGCCACCAGAUCAGAUGUCUCGCCGUCAGUUGAUUCGUGAAAAAUACUUUGGCUUGCGUGAUAAUUUGCUGCCGUGCAUGCGCUAUAAUACCGACAUGUUGUACAAGUUCUGGAUCUAUGGUAAUAUGAUUCCUGCCAAGACGGACGAACGGCGUCGUUAUGAAGCAGAAAAGAUGGAGUGGGAUGAUCUUGAAGAAAUGGGCAAAGGCGUCAAGUUUGAACAGACCAGUAUUUUGGAAUGGGCUGAAACCACAUUGGCAGAGCGUGGCAUCACGUACGAUUAUUUGAUUGUGCAGGAUAUCAACGCAUUUGUUCAAUUGGUGGACAUCAAGCGAGAAUUGGACAAUGGCGUCAUUAGCGAAAGCACCAACUCGCCUGUCGCCAUUAACACCGAUACACCUACCAACCUGGUGUGGGGAAACUUUGCUGGCAAAGAGAGCGAUAAGCAUGCAUUCGUAGUGGGCUCGGCGGCUGUCAAACUCGCUGUUGAAAAGCAGGCCGAGAUCACGUUGUAUGACCUCAAGGUCCCUCAUAUCCUCACCAACAUGUACAACUACUACGAUUCGAUAGCCACUGAUGUGGAAAGUGCUGUGGAUGCUACGUUGGAACCGGAGGCUGCUGCUGAAGAACAAGAGCGUGUAAUUCCGCUCUUUAUCCGUGAGGACGGACCUGACGACAAUCAUAGAUUUAUCCGCUGGGAGAACAAUGUUGAAUCUGUCCAUGCUGAAGACAGCGUUGUUACACAUAUCUACCAGGACUCUGAGUUUGCUGAUCUGGCUCGCUGGACUUAUCUCAAGCCAUCGCCUGUUUGCUAUCCACGUAAAUCUGCAUUUAAGGACGGUCAACCCCCAUUGGAUCCCUUGGACGAUGAUCAAGAAGCUAGCGAUGCCACCACGGAUGACGACCCCGAGUUCUCCGCCAGCAACACAACUGCAUCUGCCAGCAGUGAAGGCGGAUCCUACGGCCCUUCUAUUGCUCUAAUGACCUCGUCGUUUAUUUAUCCCGACAACUGCAUGGAGCCUUCUGCCACCUUGUCAGCAAUCAACAAGCGCAAAUACGCCGUACGCCAUGGCCACAGUUUCGUUGCUCGAUCUACCGAAUUUGCUCAACAGCGGGGACGCAAGACUGUCUGGGGUAAAAUCGAUGCCAUUGAAAAGGUGUUACCCAAGUAUGACUGGAUCUUUUGGGCCGAUAUGGACGCAGUCAUUUUCAACCAAGAACGAUCCCUAUUCGAACUGUUAGACGAGUUGCGUGCCCGUUAUCCCGGUGGCGAAGACGAGUUUGACAAGAACGUUGAUCUGAUUGUAUCCCGACCACCCCGUGACCCGACUUUGAACGCAGGUGUCUUUUUCAUGCGUAAUUCGCCCUGGAGUAUGCAGUUCCUUCGUGAGGUUCAAAACAACGAAGCUUGGUACAACAAGGGCUCGGCAUACGAGCAGGGCGCCAUGGCCGAGAUCAGUGAAGAUCCCAGACACAAGGACCAUGUGUUUUUGCUCUAUCCAGACGUACACACGUUCAACACAUUCCCCAAGUUUUAUCAGCCUGGCGAUUUUAUUGUUCAUUAUGCACCAGACAAGUGUCCAAGCCCGUUCGUACUGAAAGGAUUGGAAGCAGCAGAAAGAAUUGAAAAUGGCGAGGUGAUUGACAAGUUGAUAUAG